AACUAUUUUCCGCAGCACCACACAAAUUUCAGGAUCAAUUAAUAAAGGCGUUCCCCAUCCAUCACAGCUACCUCACAAAUUAUUUGGCCUAGUGCUUCCGUAAUGGCUUCAGUGAGCAAGCUUUCUUACCAGAGACUCAGAAAUGAAGAAGAAAUACUAGAAAGACAAGUUAAAAAAGCAAGGGCGUGGCUUAAGCUUAGGGCUCUAGCUGGUAGAAGAAGGCCAAGGCUUCGUGUUGCUGCACUGAGGAGAUUCCUUAGGAAAAGAACCAAGAUUCUCUCUAGAUUCAGGGUCUCCUGGCGCAUGGCCUUCAAGAAAUUGAAGAAUGGACACACUCAUGUCAAUGAUCUCUUUGGGGGCAAUUUUCUGUUGAUGCAGGCUAAUCUCACUCCUUUCGGUCGCGGUAACAAACCCUACAUGGGUUAUGGUUAUGGCCUUCGAGGAUUAUCAACAACUACUACGUAUUCUAAUGCAAGGACCACCUAAGAAAUUCUAAUUGCAUGCAAUAGCCAGAUAUAUAUAUGUCCAAAUCCUGUAAGGUAACAACAUUUCUAUUCCUAUUACUCGUUUCUACAAUUAUUUGUACAACUAAGGUAAAAAAUUAUUUGAAGUAACUAGUGAUGGAGUAGGGGAAAAAAUGAAUUGUAGAGUUAUUAUAAUAAUUAAUGUUAGUAAAACUAAUAUAACUUAAUGUUAAAUUAAUAUAUUUGUUGUUUUCUUAGGGUGUUCCAGGGGUUAU